AUAAAACAAACUCUCCACACCUAAAAAAAGAUAACCUCCCAUUAUUCUCUCUUUCAUUCUCAACUUUUAUCAGUCUUUCACUUCAUUCUCUUCAUAAACACAAAAUUCUGGGAUUCUAAGAUGAAAAUGCAGAUGAAGAAAUCGAAUGCAGCUCGAAGAGCGUGGAACAUUCUAAGAAUAACCCUUCUGUGGGCAAGAAAAGGUGGAGUUCUUAGAAGAAGACUCAUGCUCAAUUUCCCCAAGUACAUCAAAAACCUACGCCAUAAUCAUGGUGGGAACACUUACAGAUAUGGCGAGCGUCAGUUGUCCUUUGAUGAUACUCCGGUUAUUCAUGUCAGGAUGCAUCGUCCGUCUUCCUUGAGAUUCAAGCUACCCAACAUUCCUUGCAUUAACCCUGCACAAGUAGAUUUCGACUUUGAUUUCAAUGACACAAACGACGAUGGAUUUUACUACGACGAUAUUGCUAGAAAGAGUUUCUUGAAGAGUGCGGAAGAGGAAGAAGACGAAGAAGAAGAGUACUCAGGUCUAGAUGUUGAGGUAUAUGGUGAUCAGGAAAUUGAGGAACAUGAACAAGAACAAGCUGCCAAUAUUGAUACCAAAGCUGAGGAAUUCAUAGCCAAGUUCUAUGAGCAAAUGAAGCUGCAAAGACAGAUCUCAUACCUUGAAUAUCAUAAAACAAGCACAUCAGUUGACCAAAGACAUUCUUAAUUUCCCAUCUCAUCAAAAGUUUUUACUAUAUUUAUCACUGAACAUCGGAUAUACAUCUAUACAUACGUUAUACAAAUUUGUAGAAGGGCAUUCUCCUCAGUUUUGUAUAUACACGAGGUUUCCAUUCAGUCAAUUUAAUCAAUUUUUCCCUGAAUAAAAAUGCUGUUUUUCCA